CACCUGUCGUCGCCCCGGGACGGCAGCAGUGCGCGAGACGCGACGGGAGGAAGACGGAAUAAAGGAAAUAACUGUUAAAGUUCUCACCAAUAUGGAUCUGCUGGACUCAGGACGGAAGUUCAGCCCGAGACAGGACCAGGACUGUGACCCCGCCCUCCAGUUCUUGCCGGCUUCGGACCCACAGCGGCUGCAGAAGAAGCCGGGCCGCCGGAGGACCAUUUGGAUCGGAGUGGGUUUGCUGCUCGCUGCGACCAGCGUGGCCCUGCUGACCGGACUGCUGGUGUGGCACUUCCACUUACGCAGUGACGUCCGGGUGAAGAAGCUCUACAUCGGCUCCAUGGAGAUCCAGGACCAUGUCUACCUGGUGGACUACGAGGAUCCCGGCAGCCUGGGCUUCUCUCACCUGGCCUCUCUGGUGGAUCAACAGCUGAAACUGAUCUACUCCAAAAACUCUGUGCUGGCGAAACACUUCAAAGGCUCCACAGUGCAGGCCUUCAGCGAGGGGGGCGAGGACGGGGGGGGCGUGGUGGCGUACUACCAGUCAGAGUUCGACGUGCACCUCCUCCAGCAGGCGUCUCUGGACGCCGCCGUGGAGUCCCUGGAGGUCAAAGGUCAGCAGAGACGAGGGCGAGUGCUGCUGAGGCCCAGCGACGCGCUCGUGGUCAACAACAUGGUGUCGAGAGCCAUCGACCCACGCAUGACCAGGAAGUCUUUGUUGGUGAAGCAGCCUGUCAACGUGCACGUGGGCGAGGGGGGGGUGGUCCAGUCUCCAGGCUUCCCAGACUCCUCAUACCCCCCCAACGUGUACCUGCAGUGGCGGCUGAGGGCGGAGCCUGGCCACCGGGUCCGCCUGGACUUCCACACGCUGAUCCUGGAGGACGACUGCCAGAAGGACUUUGUCCAAAUCUACGACUCGCUGGCCCCCAUAAGGGAGCGGGUCCUCACAGAGCAGUGUGGGUACCCUCACGAGUCUCUCUCCUUCCUCUCCUCCGGAAACGUGCUGCUGCUCCUCUUCAUCGCCAGCGAGGGGCAGAACUUCCCCGGCUUCAGGGCCAACUUCUCCCAGAUCCCUGUGGGGGGGCUCGAGUGUGGAGGGACGCUGAGCGGGGACCAAGGAUCCUUCUCGUCACCUUUCUUCCCCUCCAAUUAUCCUCCUCAGACCAAAUGUGUGUGGAACAUCAAGGCCCCAAAAGAAAAGUUUUUGAAGGUUCAUUUUAAGAAGUUUUUCUUGGGUAACUCCAGCAGCCAGUGCAGCAAUGAUUAUGUAGAGGUCAACGGUCAAAGAAUGUGUGGCAGAAAACCCCAAAGCACCGUGGUCACCAGCCGAAGCAACGAGAUGAGCAUCAUGUUCAACUCGGACUCGUCCUACGUGGACCAGGGCUUCACUGCUGAGUACGAAGCCUUCGUCCCGACCAAUCGUGAGACAACUUGUCCUGGAAGGUUCCAGUGCUCCAACAACCUCUGCAUUAACCAGACGCUGCAGUGCGACGGCUGGAACGACUGCGGAGACAGCUCUGACGAGGACAACUGCAAGUGCGAGGCCUCUCAGAUGAAGUGUAAAAAUGGCCGCUGCAAACCCAAGUUCUGGGAGUGUGACGGGUUCGAUGACUGUGGAGACGCCAGCGACGAAGAAAACUGUGGGAAAUGCAAAGCAGGAGAGUUUUCCUGCAGAAACGGCCGCUGCGUCCCAGAAAGGUCAGAGUGCAACGGGAAAGACGACUGCUCAGACGGGUCGGACGAGUCGAGAUGUGUGAAGUCCCUGGUGUUGCAGCAGUGCUCUGAGUUCACCUUCCGCUGCAAGAGCGGACUCUGCAUCAGCAAAGUGAACCCUGAGUGUGACGGAGAGCUGGACUGCGAGGACGGGUCCGAUGAGAACGACUGCACGUGCGGGAUGAGGCCAUACCGCAGCUCCCGCAUCGUGGGGGGGGAGGCGUCCCGGGAGGGCGAGUGGCCAUGGCAGGUCAGCCUCCACGUGGCGGGCACGGGUCACGUGUGCGGGGGGUCGGUGCUUAGCAACCGUUGGCUGCUGACCGCUGCUCACUGCGUCCAGGACAACGGGCCUAACAAGUACUCCCAGGCCGACCAAUGGGAGGCCCUGCUGGGUCUGCACGUGCAGAGUCAGACCAACGAGUGGACGGUGAGGCGGAAGGUGAGGCGGAUCAUCGCCCACGCGGACUACAACUCCUUCACCUACGACAACGACUUGGCCGUGAUGGAGCUGGACGCCAACGUCCCCCUCAACCAGAACAUCUGGCCCAUCUGUCUGCCCUCCGCCACCUACGACUUCCCAGCAGGCCGAGAGGCGUGGAUCACCGGCUGGGGGGCCACGAGGGAGGGAGGCCUGGCUGCCACCGUCCUGCAGAAGGCGGAGGUCAGGAUCAUCAACAGUACGGUGUGCAAGAGUCUGAUGGGCAACCAGGUCACCGACAGGAUGCUGUGCGCCGGCGUUCUCAAAGGGGGCGUGGACGCCUGUCAGGGCGACUCCGGCGGCCCGCUGUCCGUCUCGGGCCCCGGGGGGCGGGUCUUGCUGGCUGGCGUGGUGAGCUGGGGCGACGGCUGCGCCCGCAGGAACCGGCCCGGCGUGUACACCCGCCUCACCAAAUACCGGUCCUGGAUCACGGAGCAGACGGGGCUGUAGAGGAGGACACCUGAGGGAUACUGUUUGAUAACCACUGGCCUAAUGAAAAGUAACACAAUAAUGAGUCAUUCACAUUUUAAACAUUUACAGCUUGAGUAUUUUAACAUAACGACUAAUUGGUCAAUUAGUGCCAUUUAUUAUCAUGUAUGAAUCAUGAACUUUUGAUGAAACUACUGGUUUGAAUCUGCCAAAGGAAACAAUCCUCAUGACUUCAUGUGGUUCAGUUAAAUUUUGCAAACAGUGUCGACAUAAAGUCGGGCAGCAACUUUAUACGAGUAAAUAGUUCAGAAGUAAAAAUAAUGCUAUAUAUAUAUAUAUGAUAAAAAUAUAUAUUUUGUGGUGCCAAAAUGAAACUGGUAUUGAGGCGGAUGGGUUGUCGAAGCGAUUCUAUGUUCGUUUAAUGUUUUAGUUUUCUUAUCUGUGUUUCAUGUUUAAACUCUUAAACUCUGCUCAAUGUAAUUAAUUGUCUUUUACAUAGUUACAUUGUUGGUUUGGGUUGCAACAUAAUUAACCACUUUUAAAGAUACACGAUUCAAAGAAAACGCUGAGUAGCAGAAUAAAAGCUUUAUUUUGAGGGAGGUUUUUUUUGUUCAGAUAAAACAUUUAGAUAAUCACGAAUGUACCGACUCACUCAUUUAAACAGUAGAAAAAAUUGUUUUUUCAUGGUUCUUAUUGGAUUAUUGUAAUAAUUCACUGUUUGAAAUAAAGUGUGUGUUGUC